AUGCAGCAGCAAUCGCAUCUUCAUGUGCCUAAGUUCGGAAACUGGGAUGGUGACAACGUGCCCUACACCGCCUUCUUUGAGAAUGCGCGCAAAGAAAAAGCAAGCGGGAUAAGAAUCAAUCCAAACGAUCCACAGCAGAACCCGGAGGCCUUCCUUCCAGUUGCACCCUCUCUCAGUAUAAGCCCGGAUAAUGAGCCAUCACCGGUUUUGCCAAGGUUUGGUAGACACAGAACCACUUACGAACAGCAGGAUGGUAGCCGCACCACAAUGUCCUCGGGAUCAAGCAGUAAUGGUAGUUCUGCCAAUCCAGUCCUUAAGCCCAACCAUCACCACAAAAAAUCAGACAGUAACUAUGCUGAUGACUUUUCGCACAGAUCAGUGUCGGUUCCAAAAUUCGGGCAAUGGGAUGAAAAUGAUCCGAGAUCAGGGGAAGGAUUUACUGUAAUUUUCAACAAAGUGAAGGAGGAAAAACACAUAGCUGCAGCUAAGUUUCCUCCUGUUCCACUACAUAUUACCAACAAUUAUCAGCCUAGCCGCGAAAAGGAGACCACAAAGAAAUGUUGCUGCCUUUUUUGAGGAGCAAAACAUGGGUCAUGAAG